CACACUGGGCAUGCGUCACUGGAAUAAUGGAGGACUGUUUUUUCUACCCGGACUGAUGAUGUCUGUAUUUCUACUCUACUAGCUGUGAUCUGAGAAAAUAACAACUCGUCGACAUUUCAGCGUGUAGUCGAGGUGGAAGGAACGACAACCUCAAGAUGACCACAGACCCGCCAGCCCAAAACCUGGGCACCAGGAUAAUGACGUUCAGCCCCUCCAAAGAGGAGUUCAAGGACUUUAGCCGGUACAUUGCCUACAUGGAGUCACAGGGAGCACACAGAGCUGGAAUGGCAAAAGUUAUUCCACCUAAAGGCUGGAAACCCAGACGAACAUACGAUGACAUCGAUGACCUGGUUAUUCCUGCUCCCAUUCAGCAAGUGGUGACGGGCCAGUCAGGACUGUUCACACAGUACAACAUCCAGAAGAAGCCGAUGACCGUCCACGAGUUCCGCAGAACCUCCAACAUGGACAAGUUUUGCAACCCCCGAUACGCAGAUUUUGACGAGCUGGAGAGGAAGGUUUGGAAGAACCUGACCUUCAACCCACCUCUUUAUGGGGCUGAUGUCAGUGGAACGCUGUAUGACCCAGAUGUGACUGAAUGGAACAUCGGCCGUCUCAACACCAUUCUGGACACUGUGGAGAACGAGAGCGGGAUCAAGAUCAAAGGAGUCAACACACCGUACCUCUAUUUUGGCAUGUGGAAGAGUGCCUUUGCGUGGCACACAGAGGACAUGGAUCUGUACAGCAUCAACUACCUGCACUUUGGAGAGCCAAAGUCCUGGUAUGUUGUUCCACCGGAGCACGGGAAAAGACUGGAACGACUAGCCAAGGGUUUUUUUCCAGGGAACGCUCAGAGCUGUGAAGCCUUCCUUCGCCACAAGAUGACUUUAAUUUCACCCUCGAUCCUGAAAAAAUAUGGCAUACCGUUUGAGAAGGUCACCCAGGAGGCUGGGCAGUUCAUUGUGACGUUCCCAUUUGGCUAUCACGCUGGCUUCAACCACGGAUUCAACUGUGCUGAGUCGACCAACUUUGCCACCCAGCGAUGGAUUGAUUACGGCAAACAGGCCACACUGUGUUCGUGCCGUCAGGACAUGGUGAAGAUUUCCAUGGAUGUGUUUGUACGCAAGUUUCAGCCUGAUCGUUACAAGCUGUGGAAAGCAGGGAAAGACAACGCUCCCAUCGACCACUCCAAACCCACUCCGGAGGCUGCUGAGUUCCUGAAAGGAGACAAGACUGAGCCUGUGAAGAGUCCCAGUGAAGCUGGAUCUGAGGAGCCCACUACACCAGUCCAGGAGGACAAAAGUCCAAAGCCUCAGACUGGAACAAAGCGUCAGCUUGAAGCUAUUAAAGCCUCCGAAGACAUCAAACCUGAGCUUACCAUGAAGGAGACUGAGGAGGUGGAGCCAAAGAAAGCCAAGCUGUCACGUAAGGAGCCUCCGACUAAAGUCCCCAUCAAGCCAGAUAAAGGUACAGCACAGUUUGUAGUUUUUACCAGCUUUUGAGAUUUGUGUUAACCA